AUGCCGACUAUCAGCCCUUCAGAGCGUACACCGGCAGAGAUUUGGCACUAUAUUCUCCAAUUUUCCAUCUUUGUCCCAAUCUUCUUCUCCAUCGACCCAGCGAGCCAUGGCAUCGACGCGCUACACAAGUAUGGAGACGACUCAUUAUACUGGGAGACUGAACGAGCCCGAAACGCACUCAGGAGAGUAUGCAGGUCGUGGGAUGCAUUCCUGAACCGCUUCGCUCGUCGUCUCGUCCGUCUCGUCGACGUAGAGCAUGGCCAUGUCCCAAUCUCCGCCCUCCGAAAUGCGAUCAGGAUUCAAACAUUGGCUUGUCAUUGUCGCAAGCCUAGAGUCGACCUCCACCAGCCAUGGCCUACCCUGGACUACAUCAGGAAAGAUGGAACCCCCGAGCCAUGGAAACUUCAGAUACUGUUUGGAUUCUGGGAAGAUAACACCGCACACCGAAACUAUUUCUUGUACACCACCGACUCAAACACCUUCGCGUCUUCCACAGGACUUGGAGCCAUUCUGGGUAUCCGAGCCAGGCGUACAACAGCACUAACCAGAACGACCAGCCCAUCACGGUAUUAUCGGUACUUGGUUCUACAAGUAUUGCGUACGAUACGACCAAACUGA